CUGUCCGCGGUCCUGAACACAAUUUGGGUCUGGAUUUUGUGGAUUUUUCCCCGUUCCAUGCUGGCUGGCGGUGGUGGCGUGAGAGCGGACACAAGCGUGAUUUCAUGGCCAGUGAGGUCAUGAGCAUCCCGCGGCUCGGCACCGGCGACUUUGGGAUCUGAAACAAACACACACAGCGGGACAUUUUCGGUUCACCUUGGAGGUCAUAAAUCAUAACCAUACACCUUCCCCUCCCCUCUCAUCCUCCUCCUCCUUUUCCACCACUAAAGGGUUUUUUUCUGGAGGGGAAUUCAUCCUGUCAAGAGUGUGACCCCCACCCCCCGUUCAGCAACACCUGCACACCCCCGUCAAACAAAAUGAGACUGGCAAAAAUGUGUCGACUAAACGCGCUGGGGAUCUAUUUGUGGGAAACAGUGGUGUUUUUCAGCUUGGCAGCAUCCAAAGAAGCUGCGGCAAGGAAAGCUGCCUCCCCGAUGCCGCCCUCCGAGUUCCUGGACAAACUCAUGGGCAAAGUUUCGGGUUACGAUGCCAGAAUCCGACCAAACUUUAAAGACCCCAAAGGCUCCAAAAAUGAAGCUACUCACAAGAAAGGUCCACCUGUAAACGUAACCUGCAACAUUUUUAUCAACAGUUUUGGCUCCAUCGCUGAAACAACUAUGGACUACAGAGUGAACAUCUUCCUGAGGCAGCAGUGGAACGACCCUCGGCUGGCCUACAGUGAGUACCCAGACGACUCACUGGACCUCGACCCCUCCAUGUUGGACUCCAUCUGGAAGCCUGACUUGUUCUUUGCUAAUGAGAAGGGGGCCAAUUUCCACGAGGUUACCACCGACAACAAGCUGCUGCGCAUCUCCAAAAAUGGCAAUGUGCUCUACAGCAUACGAAUAACACUGGUCCUGGCCUGUCCCAUGGAUCUGAAGAACUUCCCCAUGGACGUCCAGACUUGCAUCAUGCAGCUGGAGAGCUUCGGCUACACCAUGAACGACCUCAUAUUCGAGUGGGAUGAGAAGGGAGCCGUGCAGGUGGCCGACGGCCUGACGCUACCUCAGUUCAUACUGAAAGAGGAGAAGGACCUGCGCUACUGCACCAAGCACUACAACACAGGUAAAUUUACCUGUAUCGAGGCUCGGUUCCACCUGGAGCGUCAGAUGGGCUACUACCUGAUCCAGAUGUACAUCCCCUCGCUGCUCAUCGUCAUCCUGUCCUGGGUCUCCUUCUGGAUCAACAUGGACGCGGCGCCCGCUCGGGUCGGUCUGGGCAUCACCACCGUGCUGACCAUGACCACACAGAGCUCUGGUUCCAGAGCCUCCCUGCCUAAGGUGUCCUAUGUGAAAGCCAUUGAUAUCUGGAUGGCUGUUUGCCUGCUGUUUGUGUUCUCAGCCCUGCUUGAGUACGCCGCCGUCAACUUCAUUGCCCGCCAGCACAAAGAGCUGCUGCGCUUCAGGCGGAGGCGGCGACAUAUGAAGCCUGAGUCUUGGCCUGUGUUGCAGGAGGAUGAGACGGGCGAGGGGCGCUUCAGCUUCCCCGGCUACGGCAUGGGCCCCGCCUGCCUGCAGGCCAAGGACGGCAUGGCCAUCAAGGGCAACAGCAACAAUGCCCCGGCCUCAGCCGCGCCAGAGAAGAGCAUCGAGGAGAUGAAGAAGCUGUUCAUCAGCCGGGCCAAGCGCAUUGAUACAGUGUCCCGUGUGGCCUUCCCGCUUGUCUUCCUCAUUUUUAACAUUUUCUACUGGAUCAUUUACAAGAUCAUUCGCAGUGAGGACGUCCAUAAGCAGUAGUCAAGAAGAGAAGGAGGAGGAGGAGGAGGGUGAAAACGGUGCAAAGAGGAGAAUGCAGAGAAACAAAAGGAGACAAGGAAACAGACAGAAAGAACAAAAGCUGGAGAUAUUAUUGCCCCUUUUUUCAUGCCAACCACCCUCUUUCCUUCAUCCUCUUCCCAUUUGAUCGAGGAUAAAUUGCUUUUUGUGGCGAUCACUCCCUCAGCCCUCCCUGACCGCUGCUAGACUUGAUUUGAGAUAUUUAAUGCUUUCUUUUCCUGUUACUCUCCUCUCCUGCCCCAGAUCCCAUCCCUGUUCCUAUAUCUUUACACCUCCUCAUUAAUCCGGAUCAGUGCAAUAGCAAUGCAGUAAAAUGCAUGAUAUAUGAAUGUGGCAAUAUAUUAAAGAAAAGAUGACAAUGAAAAAGUAAACAGACUUUUGCAGGCACAGUGAGAGUGGAUGGACUGGAACAAAAGGAGACAAUGGAUGAAGUAAGUCUUGUAUUUGAUUUUAGUUUUUUUUGUGUGUGUGUGUGAAGCCAGAUAUAUAAUUCAGUAUGAAAAGUGAUGUGGGUGAUUGCAAGAAGCAUACAGCAGUGUAACAUACCUAUAUAUCUAUCAUAAAUGGAAAAAAUAGGAACUUGCAGGCAUCUGGAAACUGGGGAUUUUCACCAAAAAACAGAAGGAAGGCAGAUCAGUGCUUCAGUUAAACAAAGGGGUGCAAGGAUCACGCAUUCUAUAUAUCUAGCUUUGCUUUAAACGUGUAUUGCAAGCAGUUGUCAAUGCUUUCCCUCCCCAACCCCUCACUGCCACCACCGCUAACGCCACCAAACCUUGAACUGCAGAGACACUUGAGGUUUGCAGCUGCCGCGGUCAAAUACAACUGGACACAAGGAAAAGAAUUUUUAAAAACACUAGAUGAGCAGUGAUGAAGAUGAGGCAAAUAUCUCACUUAUCUGUGGUCAGCGUGUUCCUCUACUUGUCCUUUAUUUGGUUCAUUUUGCAUUUGUUGCUUUCUUUGGUUUGUUUCUUCUUUUUUGUGCCAAAGAACAGGUUGCUUGUGGCUGUGCAUCGCUCUGCCGCUCUGACCUUUUUGUCAAGAGGAAAGGGGGAAGGUCUGAUGCCCACUGUGCCACUGAAUGGUGUCCCCUCAUGUGCUCCUUCUGGGUUUUUUUAGUCCUUGAGAUAAUAGUUUGUUUUCAUCGACUGGAGAAAGAACAAAUUGAUCCUGGACAGAAUAAAAUGCAGAUCCUCGUUUGCUUUCCUUGUUAUGUUCACUAGGACUGAAACAUAGAUGUUUACAUCUCAUUAGUGCUUCCUUGCUUUGACCCCACCUUAACAUGACCCCCAUCCCUGCUGUGCCCAGCUUAUGUAAUUAAACUAUACCUACAGAUUAUAACACCUGUUACACCUUAACUAUAGUUCCAACUCAUUCACAUGCACUAGUUGUAGCUGCAAAUGUCGUGGUUUGUGAAAAUCUACGCCAGCAUCCACACGGAGUCCACCAACAGGUUUUCUGUUGCCAGGCGGAAACAUUCAGAAGUCAGUUCUUUGGUGUUUUGUCAGAUUUACUUUGCACCAGGCUUCUCUAUGCAAGGAUUGGUAUAUGCAAUUAUGAUUUUUUCCCCCUUUACUUUGAGCUCCACCAUCUCAACACCACCACCUUUCUGUAAGUUAUUUCAUGCUAACUGGUCAAUAUUAAAGAAACUGAGAAGAUAAAAUGGUAAAAAGUGAAAACCGGUCUGGGACUUUUGCCUAGUGCAAGCAGAUUCCUGCACAGGGAAAUGUUUUCUUGUAGAAAUCAGCCAAACCUCUGAGCCAGACAGAACUUGGAAAGUGCAAAAAGCUGCGGGUCUUUCUUCUCUCUUUCUAUGUGAAUGGUUGUUUCAGAUUUUUCUUCUGUCAUCUUGUCAUGUCUGCAACGUUUACUCAAAAAAUCCCAAAGUGCUUCUGUAUUUUACCAAUGACAGAAAUUUACAGAAAAGUUUUAAAGCAAACGUAGCAAAACUGAAAAUUUCAAUUUUGUAGCAAAGCAAAACUUAAACCUGAUAAUUCAUACUUUCAUACAGACUUUCAGAUUUAUUCGAUUUUUAUUGCAUGUUUGUCUUUUGAAUUUCUGCCCUCGGUGUGUUCAGCUCGAGUGUUUCAGAGAUGUACAGUAUUUACAUCUCUUUUCACACCAAACUAAAAACCUUUCACCAUUUUUCAAAUCAUCUUUUUGCUUUCUGUACAAGAGUCAGGUGAGGAGAUUAAUUGAAGCGCACAGGUGAUUAGCCUAGCUUAGCAUAACCGCAUUUACAUUAUGGUUUCUGUGCUAAUUACGUAAUCAAGGUAAAAAGUGUUAAUUAGUGAAAGAUGGGGAGAUCCAGACUAGUGUAUAUGCUAAGCUAGCCUAAUAGCCUCCCAGCUGCAUACUAAACAUUUACAUAAAAGUGCUGUCUUCUUAUCUAACUUUGUAACGGAAAGUCACUAUAGUUUUGCACUAUUUCUUUACCAUGCAGGGUUUAGUGAAUUGCUUCACUGCAGCUGUUUGACCAUCCUGUCAAUGAAGAAUCACUUCAGUCAUACGGAGUCCAGAGUUUAAAAGCAUUCGAAUGACAUUUUUAAUGUGAAGUGAAAAAUGUUUCACACUUUAGAAAAAUGCUUCUUCAGCUGUAAUGCAAACAAACAAAAACCUUGACCUGGAGCAGUGCCUGCUCAAUAAUGACAUUUAAAAUGUAUUCAACUUUGCAAUAAUACUACAGUGAGGUGCACCACAUACAGGGAAACUGUAGCUCAGCAUCAGGGUGCCCUUGUAGACAAGGUUGCAAACCUGGAGGGACUUUUCCCUGGUUAAACAAAGGUUAGAUGUUGAAACUAUCAUUUCACUGGGCUUUUUUGCUUGGUUGUGAAGCAAAACCUAAGGUGUUUUUUGUGUUUCACAUGCUAUUGCUUUUUGUGGCUGUCAUGGACCAAAUACUUAAGAUUUUUGGAUUAUAUAAAAUCAUGUUCACUUUGUCUUUAAGCUCAGUAAUUGAUUGCUAGCUGCAAUUUGUCUUAUUAUUGUCAGAUAUACAGAUAUAUAACAUGUUCAUGAUAAAAAAAAUAGUCUGAUAUGGAACAUUUCCCUCCACAUCCUUGUGUUGUUUAAUUUUUUUCAAGGUUGUCUGAUUUAGUGGUAGAUUACUGAUCCUUUUAAACAGUUAAAAGAGAUCAAAUCAUUCAGACAGUGUGUAGGAGAUAUAUUCUAGUUGUUUCAUUCCAUCAUAUGUUUUAUAUUACAUACAUACAUUCCUCUGUUUACAUUUCAGCAUGUUUACUUCAAAGUGGAAGUGCCAUCGCUUCAAAAGCUAUGCAUCACAGGCAGCAAAUUGUUCCCGGAUGCUGUGGUGUGGACCUUUUCAUGGCCAUGAUCACCAAGGAUGCAUUUUACUAUCAGUAAUUUGGACAGAGUAGGUGUACAUCUACUGUCAUGUAUACAGUUCUAGGGAGAAACGGGAGAAAACUACCCUUAAUGUAGCAUAAACAUGAAGUGAAAGAUGGUCUUUCAACUAAAGAAUAGAAUGAAUCAGAGACAUUUAUUGGUACAAUUUAAAUUUUUAUUUUGAAGGCUGAUAAUUUGGUUUCUAAGGCCUAACGAACUAUGCCAUACAAUGCAAGUUUUUCUGUGCAGUAAUGUCACUUACAUGACAUUAGUUACAGAAACAAUAUUGUAGUAGGUUGAGUACUCAAAACCUAAUAAUCAUGCUAUUUAUUUUUACUUGCUAAAAAUGUUUCUUCAAAAGAGCAUUUCUUUAGUGAGACAAAUUGACCUUCCUUCAUGUUCUUUCUUUCAUACAAGCACCAGAGAUAAAGCGCUAACAAAGAGUUUAUCAUAAAACGGCUAAGAAGCUGAAAGUAGUUUGCUAGUAAUGUUGACAUUUGUGCUUACAUAUGUAGAAACUAUGUAGCAAAAUGUGAGAACACUACACACGGUAAACUAGUCAGAAAGCUAGCAAGCAUGUUCUUUGGCUUAGCAAAUAGAAGAUCAGUGUGCAACUCCCGAAUAGCACUUUGUUGAGACCAAUUACAACCUUGGUUUUGUGGCCUUUUUAUGCAGCAAGAUCUGGCCAAAGCCUUUAGUUUUCUCAAAAAAGUAGCUCAGAGAUGAGGCUAAAACAAGCUUGUAAUGUCAGCUUUCAUGCAUACUAAUGUAGAAGUGAUGUAGUUAAAUCUCAGAAAAGUAUGGUUAGCUAGUCAAAAAGCUAGCACACAUGCUAUUUAGUUUGCUUAAUUGGAAGUUGGCAUGCAUUUUUCAGAUGAUGGAGAGACAGUUUUUUCAAAAUGCAACUCAAAGCUAGCUCUAAAAUUUGCUUUCUAGUGAUCAUGGUUGGGCUCAUUGCUCAAAAAAUGUAACACAUUACCCGUUACUCCAUGUCAAAAGUAACUCCUUACAAUUACUAUUUAUAUUAGUUUAACGUCACAUCCCACAAACUGAGAAUGCACAGCUAAGGUUUCAAACGGGUUUUUUUCUUAAGCCUAUAAAUGUUUUUCCAGCCAUUGAACGUGGGCGCUUCCAUCUUCCAAGCUAGCUUACUGCUUCUGGUGCUGCUAACUGUGAUGUGUGGCAACGUGUGCACAUGCCACAACUACAAAUAUUAAAUCUAGGAUUUCAAAUCAGUCUAACUGUUUACACUACUCAUUACUGGGAAAAGUAGUAUUAUCACAGUAACACAUUAUGGCCCAACACUGCAAGUAAAAACAUAAAAGCAAUGUAUAAAAACAAAUGAAAAUUAAGCUAGUUAAAAAGCAAGCAGUCAUGCUAUUUAUCUAGUAUUUUAUGUGAAACACAAUCAGUGUUCUUGAAACAGCACAAGUAGCUAAAAAGAGUUUGUCAUUAUGAAGCGUGUAAGGUCUAAAUGAGAUGUUUGGAGUUUUUACAGAGAUCUUUAUCUUGUGUGUACAUAUAAAAUAUUGUAAGCACCAGAUAAAAACCUAACACUUUUUCAGGACUUUGGGGGCUCUGUUAAAAUUGUUAACAAAAAAUAUACUUGAUUUUACCAAAAGGCAGCUUUUGUGAGGAGCGGGGGACAGAGGUGGUUGCUUACUAUUUCAGUGCCAAAAUAAAUAGCCUAGCUGUUACUGUACAGUGCCGGUCAAAGGUCUGGACAUAUUUUCCAACUGAACUGAACAGACUGUGUGUCCAAACGUUUCACUGGUAAAUUCUGUUGACUUUGUAAUUGCAAAUGCAGAACAGCGCCAUCUAGAGAGGCAACAGAGUGACAUUACUGAUUUAAAAAACCCACUUCUUUCUUGCUCUGUUUGAUGCAGUGCCUCCUCUCUGGUCAUGGCCUGAACCUGACUGCAACAGCAGGCUCAGACUAAUUAGGCUGACUUAUUUUUCCCACCGUGCCAUAGACACUGCAUCUGGAAUAAAAGUCCUCUGUCCAUCAGCAGUCGUCCAUCUUCUAGAACGUUCAUACAUAUCUUCUUGUGCCAUAUGGGGGUUGAAUAUGCAACUAAAAAUCAAAGACCUACAAGCAUAUCAAGCAUUCAUUCAACCACCAUUAUCCACAAAGUAUUUUUUCAUGUUCACACCCUUUUCCUCAGGCAUGAGUGUUGUGUGUAUCAUGGUCAUUUUAGAGCUUUGUCAUAGGCUUCAUAUCAUUAUGUUAAUUAUUGUUAUACUGUAUGGAGCUGGGGGAGGAAGGGGUCCAUGACAUGAGACAGUCAUUGGGUUUAUAUUGCAUUAUGUUGCAAUGUGAUGCACUUGGACAAUGAAGGAUGUGUUUUGGAAGUUUACACAUUCUUAAGUUCUGAACUGGAUUUUGUAGCAUGGUUUGAUGAAUCUAUUGGUUUUUGUUUGGUUCUCUUGUAUUGUAUGUAUUGUACAAUCCACUGUGCUGAGGGAGAAGGAAGAAUAUAGUGACUCCUGAACUGCUGUGAAAUAAAGGAAAUAUUAUUAUUAUGAUUAUUAUAUUUAUUUAUUUUCUUUGCACAAGCUGGAAUGGCCUUAAUUUUGCUUUACUUGCUUCUAUUGUGUAUUGGCACCAAGUGCACCCGUAUAAUUUGCAGAAAUUAUGUCACUCAACGAUGCUUACAAUCUGAGAGUGCAGUUGAAAAUAAAAAAAGAAAAGAAAACCAAAUCCUUUUUAUUUUUCAUUAGUCAGAGAAACAUUAUUUUGCAUGAGUAUAAACACAAUGGCAGAUAUUUUGGCUUGUACAAUAAAAUGUGAAGCAAUUUGAAGAGAAAAAAGAAUGUACCAUUUCUGCUGUAUCUGUAUAUAUCUAAAUAUUUAUUGAAAUAUGUCAUACUACUAAUUCUAUUAACGAUUAAAAGUUUUCUGAACAAAAAUCUCCUUACCUGUUUUUGAACAUUGUCAAGAUUGUUGGAGUUGGAUCUUUUGCUUUCUGUUACUCGACU